AAUAUCUGGGGGAUCUUCACUCAAGCCGUCGUCUAUAUACAUAUAAGCUACACCCCACCUCGGGGACAUUCCCACCAUCGUCAUCGUCACACCCAGCCAGCUCCAUUUAUCAACAAUCAGCCAAAAUGUCGAGCCACAGUGACAUGAGCUCGGUCAUCUCUUUUGCCCGACAGCCUGCUUCCACCAGGAAGCAGAGCAUCGAGGUCAAGAUCAACGACCACUAUAGCUCCAAGGUCUACACAUCGGGCAACCCCAUUUCCGGAGAGGUCACAAUCACGCCCAGCCAUGACAGCCGGUUCGACUUUGUCCAGAUUAUCCUUAUUGGCAUCUCAAGGACUCGCCUUGAUGCCGUUCAGAUUCCACAGCUCUCUUCUCACACCUUUCUCAAGCUCGAGAUGCCCAUUCCCGCAUCCGCCUACCCCGUACCCCGGAUUUUCGAGGCCGGCAGGGCUUACACCAUUCCCUUCAACUUUGUCAUCCCCCACCAACUGACACUGAGCGCCUGCACUCACAAGGCCCAGUCCGAUUACAUCCAAGACUACCACAUGCGCCUGCCCCCGACUAUGGGCGGCUGGGAGAGGGACGAUAUGGCUCCUGACAUGGCCCAGAUUCAGUAUGUCAUCAAGGCCCGCGUUGUGCGACAGGACGAGCUCGGUGGAAAGCCGACCAAGGUCAUGGAAGACACCCACCACAUCAAAGUUCUCCCUCGAUCCCCCGAGGACCCGCCCCUGAACAUCACCAAGCAGGACAGGAACUACGCCCUCAGCAAGACUAAGACUAUUCGCAAGAACAUCUUUUCCUCCAAGCAGGGCACUGUCACAGCUGCAACCGCCCAGCCCGGUGCUGUCUACCUGACUGCCGACGGCCGCGGAGCCUCCGAGGGCUCAGUCCUGGUCAACCUCAACUUCGAGCCUACGUCUGCCGAUAUCCUGCCUCCCAAGGUCAGCACCGUGUCGGCCAAGGUCCAAGCCCAGACCUGGUAUGGCGCAGCACCCAUGUCAUCGCUCCCCAACAUGGGAAACAGUCAAGAGGCAUAUGCCAUGACCCAGCAGCUCGCAUACCAGACCUCGGUCUCUCUCUUCUCGACAUCAGUCGGCAAGGUUGCUUGGCGCCAGCAGUUGGCUUCCACCACUCGCCGUGACUCCGGAUACUCUAGCGAUGGCCUGCGUGAAGGCAGCCCCUCCGACUCGGAUAGUCAGCGCCAGAGCAACAGCCGCCGCUCGAGCAAGGAUCGCUCCUCUCCCAUCUUCCACAAGGCCGCUCUCCAGAUCCCUUUCAAGCUACCCACGGCCCGAAAGACCUUUAUCCCGACCUUCCACGCCUGCCUCAUCUCCCGCACCUACACGCUGCAGUUGACCCUGAUCGUUGGCGAUUCCAAGAUCAACUUGAACAUCCCUCUGCAAAUCGCCCUCGAGCCGCCUGUGCAGCUCGAUUCGCUCGACAUGGGUCUUCCCAGCUUCGAGGCCGUGAUGGCGCAGCAAGAAGAGGCGGACGCCGAUGCGUUCCUUCAGCCGAGAUUGAUGCAGCAACCUGCACCCGAAUUUCAGGGCACUGCUGUGUUGCCCAGCUACGGCGAUCUGUCUGCAAGGCGAGGCGAGGUCUCUGCUGCUUAAGGUUUUUGCAGUCUGAGCUCUUGUUUCCUUGUUUUGACGAAUUACGACUUAUGGGGGUAUUCCUUCACGGACGAUACCACUUUUUCAGCAAUUUCCUUUGUUUCAAUGUUUCGAAAGAGAUGAUACCAGUAGAGGAUCAAGCUGGUUGGUUACUGGAGUUUUGGAUAUUAAAAAUUUGGGAUACUUCGACUUGGUGUAUUUCUGCUACUCAUUUGGAAUUUUUGUCUGUUGGAAUUGAAGAUACCCAAAGAGCAAGAGGCAAAUUGGACAAACACAU